UCAGCAUAGUUGGUACCUCCGAAAGUAGCACAGGCAACGUCGCCAUAUUUGAUAGCUGUCAUUAACUCAUUCUUUUCGAUCAGAAACUCUCAACGGAGUGAUUUAUCAUUCAGUGAAAAUCCAUCAACAAACACAAUGGUUGCUCAAAAGAAACAGAAAAAAGCUUUGGAAAGCACAAAUGCCCGUCUGGCUUUGGUCAUGAAAUCCGGCAAAUUUUGUCUGGGUUACAAGCAAACCUUAAAGUCUUUGCGCCAGGGCAAAGCUAAAUUGAUCAUCAUUGCCAAUAAUACUCCUUCGCUCCGAAAAUCCGAGAUCGAGUACUACGCAAUGUUGGCCAAGACCGGUGUUCAUCAUUACAGCGGAAAUAACAUUGAAUUGGGUACCGCUUGCGGUAGAUACUUCCGUGUCUGCACACUGUCCAUCACCGAUCCAGGAGAUUCGGACAUCAUUCGUACAUUGCCAGAAACUCAAGGUCAAUAGAUUGUGAAGGGAUGGAAUGUAAAAAUAAAAAGCUUUUUCAUUUGAAUUGA